CGCAGGGCAGAGGAAAGGAGGGGAGUAGAGCUGCGCCUCGGCUUUGGGAACGGUACUUUUUGCUGUGGCUACUUCCCCUGAGACUUAAAAGAAGUAUCUCUCAAGAACAACUGUAAGCAAGCAGAUCCCCAUGAUGCAAGGACCUCAACCUGCCACAGCACCUGGAGUCCCCUUUGGCUCCCCUCAGCACGUCCCUGGGCCUUACCAAGGUGCAGGGAACUAUGGCUUCCAAGCACAGCCCAUGGGAUUCCCAGGCGGACCUGCUUUUCCACCUGUCCAGAACCAGCCCGUCAUGCAGGGGGGGACAAUUUGGAUGCCUAUCCCUCCUUCUAUUCCCAACUGCCCUCCUGGACUGGAAUACCUCACACAGAUUGACCAGAUAUUAAUUCAUCAGCAAAUUGAACUUCUUGAGAUUUUGACUGGCUUUGAAACACAGAACAAAUAUGAGCUCAAGAAUGCACUGGGGCAAAGGGUGUACUUUGCAGCAGAGGACACUGACUGCCUUACCAGGAAUUGCUGUGGGCCAUCACGACCCUUCACCAUCCGGAUUAUAGACAACAUGGGCCGUGAGGUGAUAACGCUGCAGAGGCCUCUCCGCUGUUCUUCGUGCUGCUGUCCCUGCUGUUUGCAGGAGGUGGAAGUUCAGGCACCUCCAGGAACAAGAGUUGGUUAUGUUGUCCAGAAUUGGCAUGCCUGCCUGCCAAAGUUUACAAUUCAAGAUGAGAAAGGAACGGAUAUACUGAAAAUUACUGGCCCAUGUGUUGUCUGCAGCUGUUGUGAGGAUGUUAAUUUUGAGGUGAAGUCUCUGGAUGAGACUUGUACUGUUGGGAGGAUUUCUAAGCAUUGGACUGGGUUUGUGAAAGAAGCCUUUACAGAUGCAGAUAACUUUGGAAUCACAUUCCCAAUGGACCUUGAUGUGAAAAUGAAAGCUGUUAUGAUUGGAGCUUGCUUCCUUAUUGACUUCAUGUUUUUUGAGCAUGGUGCUGAUAAGAACCAGCGAUCGGGAGUUUGGUGAUGAAAUCUAGAAGUUUUAUAUAGAAGAAAGAAGAACCUGGAUGUCCCAACUUCCCAGUGAAUUGCAGAGCUCCAGUAAGAAUGUGAGAAAUGUACAUAUUACAGUUACAUUUCUAGAAGGGAAAAGCUUUAUGAUCUUAUUUUUCUUGGUUUUAGUUUUUUUUUGUACUCUGAUGAAAUAGUUUGUAGUGUUGAAAUAAAAAUCCUUUAUCUGCACAGGUGAAUACUGUGAUUUGUAGAAAUAUGUGGCAACCUUUUUAUUCCCGAGAGAUUUGGAACUGUAAAGUAACUACUUAUAGUAAUACUUUAAUUCCUAAAAAAGAGGACUACUUCUAUAUUCAAUAUUAAUGUUAGCAGUGAGCCUAAUAAAGAGAUGCUGAUCUUUUCCUGUGUA